UCACCACAACAUUGGAGUAGAAGUAGAAGAUAAACUUUUUUGAAAAUCUUAUAGUUUUGAGGUGCCAUAAAUUCAUGUAAUAAAAGUUAUUUACAGCAAAUAUGUUUAAGGAUGAUCAAAUUUUGUAGUAACAAUAUAAUAUGCCAAAAGUUAUAGAGUUAACAGUUCAAAUCAACGUACAAAAGGUAUCAUGUCCCGGUGUAUGGUUAUGCCAGUCCGGCCGAGUGUCUCUUAUUGUGUUUGCACUGGGCACAAGCUAUCAGACAUGUAUGCUGCCGCCUGUCUUCCCGCUCAUGUUCAAAGACGUCUUCUACUUUCAGAAGCGAUUUAGGGAAACAUGUGCUCUAAACAAUAUUUGUUGCUUAUUAAAAAAUGAAACAAUAUACUGUGAGUUGGUGCAAUGGCCUGAUAGCUGUGAUUCAGACAAGUGUAUGUUGUUGGCGCAAUACUUAGGUGCUCUCAACGAUAUCUUGUUCCCGCCCAACACAUGUUUCACUGAUGGGGUGGAUCUACUCAUGCGAAGGACUAAAGACUUUCCUGGCAUCUUAUCACCAAAAAUAGAAAUAUCUACCAAAGUUCGUAUUGACGAAAUAUUGAAUCAGAAGAUUAAAGUGACCAAUGGGUCCGUAUGUAACUGCGAGCCGAGACCAAAUUCUGACGGCUCUAGACAAAAACCUGUCUGUCACUCACCAUUAUAUCACAAGGCCAGGUGCUACGGUAGAGGUCCGUUCACAAACGUCAGAUCGCGGUCUCGGUCAAUAGAGACGAAAUCUUGCGCCAGUUUCCAACCGAAAGAAUCGGGCUACGUUUCAAACUCAAGAACCAGCGAUCUAAAUAUGAAAUUAGGCGAGUCCGUGAGCGCAUCACUGCCAGAAGAUGAGCGCAUACAGCGUCUACUGGUGGACAGCCGCUACAUCGAGGAGCCCCGCGGAGGAGGGGGGCGCGGCCGCACCCACCACCCGCACCGCCCCAUCCCCCGCCAGCCCUGCGUCUGCGACAUCUGCCUCAGGUACCACCAGCUCUUCCACUCUGAUUCCGGUGAUAGUUGAUUCACAUCA